AUGGCUGAUCAAGAGCAAAAGGCGUUAAGAGAUUAUGCUAUGUCCUCGGUAAAUGGAGCUACAUCGAGCAUAAGGAGGCCAGCCAUACAAGUCAAUAAUUUUGAGAUCAAGCCGGCCAUCAUUCAGAUGAUACAGCAGACUGUCCAGUUCAGGGGGCUGUCACAAGAGGAUCCUAAUGUCCAUAUUGCAAAUUUCUUGGAGAUUUGUGAUUCUUUUAAACAUAAUGGAGUGACAGAUGAUGCGAUUCGACUAAGGCUUUUUCCCUUCUCACUUUGGGAUAAAGCAAAAGUUUGCAAGUUAAGGAAUGAUAUCACCACCUUCAUCCAAUUUGAGGGUGAAUCAUUAUAUGAAGCAUGGGAGAGGUACAAAGAUUUAUUGCGAAGGUGUCCUCAUCAUGACCUUCCAGCAUGGCUUCAACUGCAAACAUUCUACAAUGGUCUAGGAGCUACAAACAAAUCUAUGGUUGAUGCAGAAGCCGGUGGAGCUUUAAUGAGUAAAACUCAUGAGGCAGUCUAUGAACUUUUGGAAGAAUUGGCAUCCAACAACUAUCAAUGGCCUACAGAAAGAGCAAUGCCAAGAAGGACAGCUGGAGUUUUAGAACUUGAUUCUAUUACCUCAUUGGCAGACAAAUGGCAACUUUGUCUCAACAACUAG